AUGUUUUUAUGCGUUCGCUCAUUUUCCCCUUCUAUCCGUUUAUUUGUUCCUGUUAAAUAUGUCGAAGUAAUCGGAAUUAGUGUCUCAAAGCGACGAAAUUCAGUUUCAAUAAGUCGGCGAAAAUACCACAGUUCAAACAUACUAUUAAACGCAAACGAUAAACCAUCCUCAAAUAAUAUCGAUGAGAGAGUGACCGACCGAUCCGCUGCAUCUUUCUCCGCUUGUCCACAACAGCGAGAAAACUUCGAUCGAGCAACAGAUGGUAAAUUAUCUUACAAAACAACUGCUGAACGAUUAUCUAGUGAAACAACAAAUAAUAAUAGCUCAAACGAUGAACCAUCAAAGGGUGAGGAUCGUCAAAUGUUAGAAGUAAAUACAACUGGCGAUGUUGUGACAAGCGAAUUUCGUCGAUCGGAUUUAGGUCAUCGGUUCAGUUUACAUCCUAGAGAUAUAAGAUUUUUAGAUUCUUCAUUACGUAAUUUACCAUCGAUAUUAUCACGUGCAAAAGUUAUUAUUGUCAAUUUGGAAUUAUUUAAAGCGAUCAUUUCAGCUGAUAGUGUUUGUUUGUUUGAUCCGUCUUAUUCUCAUAUCCAAGAAAUUGUAUCAUUAUUAACGAACUCAUUGAAAACCGUCGAUUCAUCGAUGGAAUCUGAACAAAAAUUGCCAUUCGAAUUGGUUGUAUUAGAAAUAGUUCUAAUGACUGUUUGCCGAAAUUUGGAGUCAACAUUCGAACAAUAUAGAAAAUCGUUAUCGCCAUUAUUAGACAAUUCGAUUACAAAUGUUAAUGAAGGAUUAAUGAUGAUGCAUUUAAGAGAGCUUAAGAAUGACUUAAGUUCAUUCGAGAUUGAACUAAGAGAAAUAGGAAAUGCUAUUCGAGAUGUACUUGAAAAUGAUGACGAUAUGUGUGAAAUGUAUUUAACAGAGAAAAAACUGGUACAUACUCGAACAAUAGAUCAGCAUACAGAGGUUGAAGUUCUCUUAGAAACAUAUUUACGUAAAGUUGAUGAAUUAGAAAAUGAAGUUAAAACGGAUCUUAAAUUAAUUAGUGUUAGUGAAGAGCAUAUUCAAAUUCGAUUGGAUACUGUUCGUAAUGCCAUUAUGAAAUUAGAAUUAUUAUUGAGUAUUGGUACAUUAAGUGUGACAACGGGAGCUUUUGGCGCAGGAAUAUUUGGAAUGAAUUUGAGUAAUCAUUUAGAAAAAACUCCUUAUGGAAUGUAUCUAAUUGGCGGCGCAUUUAUUGUUUUAGUCGGUAUUUGCAUUCGUCAAGGGAUUCGAUUAUGUGCCAGACAUAAUAUCGAUUUAUUUCAGGUCUACUCUGUUAAAGAAUCAAACUUAAAACAACUCAAUUCUAAUAAGAAGCAGCGAUUAUCUCCAUUGUCGCACAUCAAUCAUCAAGUGACUGAAAAAAAUGACUCACAUUUGGAUUCAAAGCGAAGAAACGAAGGAAAAUGA